CUAGAAUUCGAGACAACGGAAAUAAUGAUCGACUUGUCUUGGACGUUGCCGAUCGUCUUCUUACAAGUUCCCGAUGAGCCCGUUUCUUUUUAUCUGUACGGCCUCCCAAAACAUUAAGUAGGGCGACUGUCAAGACCUCCAAGACUGGACCCAGACUAUAGACUACUACCUUCCAUUUCAUCCACGGGCUCCCACCUCAUCUUGUCAUCGCCGCCUCAUGUUACAGCCCAGCACCAUCACACCUCGUUCCAGCCAACCAACUCCCUCUCUCCCUAUCUCGUUUGACUCAAUUGUUGGUGAUAGAGCAUAUCUGCGGUGACACCAAGAAAAACUAGCAAGGUACUCCUCCUCGUUCAAAAGGUCUGAUCCCUCACGCCAUCCACUUCAUCCUUGAACCCAAACCAAAACGCCAACAUAUUGCUCUGGCCCAACGCAUCAACGGAUGAAUCAAUUUGUAUGGUCAGUGCAGUCUACCUGAGGAGUUAUAUAUUUUACCGCAUCGAAGCCUCGGGUCAGGACACCUCGAAAGGAAACAAAUUUAAUGUGGACUUGUUAUAUAUUAAUCAGCAUCUCGCUUCCCAGUUAUGCUGAAAGCCAUCUCGGUUCUAGGGUGAGACUGGGCAUAUCAGUGCCGCGUACACUAAGGGCUUGAUACAACCAACAACUCUAUUUCUACAAUCUAUUUAAUUUCCAUAACCAUGCCGGCGCUCACUAUUGCCGUCCAACCCCCGUCUCGCACCCAGGUCUCCACGAUAUUAGAUCCCCCCCUGGUUGCAGAGUUCAACUUCAAAGGAUCAGUCUCUGGGUUCUAUUUCUUUGCCAUGGCUAUACUCCUUACCCGAAACGGGGACAUUGUGGAACACGGCUUGGCAGGCACAACGACCAUGACGGGCAUGGAUGUCACUGCCCUUGUGGGAUCCUCGAGAACAACAAUUUAUUUCCCCUUCACAGACCUCAGUCUACUAUAUGAAGGCGCCUACAAGAUUCGAGUUGAUGUGUACAAGGUCGCUUACGAAAACUCGGACGGAUACAUCUUUCAAGAUCAGAUCAAGACCAGCCGCAUCACGGUCGUCAACGAAGACGUGCCAGCGGGAACUCUCAGUUCUUCUGAGCGUGGUGUGAUUCGAGCCCUUCAAAACGCUGGCGUCUCAAUUCCUUGACGAGAUAUUUGGACCGCCAGCAGCGUCGCUAAGAUUACCGACAUUUGCAUCAACUUCACAUCAUGAGACAUUGGAUAUGGCAAAAGACACGAAUACAUGAAGAUUUAACGACAUGAUUCUAUUGUAUUCUAUUUCAGCAGCAGCGCAGGACCAGGGCACGAGUUGGCUAUCAAGGUUAUGCUGUGCAUAGUCAGGUUAUUGGCGAGCAUUGCAGUGUGUUACAUUAGUGUUUUAAUAUGGCUUUUAUAUCAG